CUAAACCUAAUAGUAGUAACGAAUAAGAACAAGAAACACACGUUACUAACGCACAAAGAAGAAGAAGAAGAAACCUCUCUGUUUCCCACUUUCUUUCCUCUCAAAAGCUACACGAGAUUCAUCUAUGGCGGAAGGUUCUGGAAGGAGGCUGAUGGUGGAGGUUUGCAACGCGAAAAACCUGAUGCCGAAGGACGGUCAAGGAACCGCGAGUGCUUACGCGAUCGUUGACUUUGACGGCCAGCGACGGCGAACGAAGACAAAAUCGAGAGAUCUCAAUCCUCAAUGGGACGAGACGCUCGAGUUCAUCGUCCACGACAAAGACUCCAUGACUUCCGAAACGCUGGAGGUGAAUCUCUACAACGACAAGAGGACAGGGAAACGAAGCACUUUUCUCGGCAAAGUCAAGAUAUCCGGAAGCACGUUUGUGAAAUCCGGUUCAGAAGCGAUUGUGUACUAUCCGUUAGAGAAGAGGAGCGUGUUCUCUCAGAUCAAAGGAGAGCUCGGUCUCAAGGUUUGGUACGUCGAGGAGGAUCCACCGGAAACAGAGAACGCCGGAGAGGAGAAAGCAGAGUCAGCACCACCGGCAACGGAGGAGAAGCUGCCGGAGAAUUCGCAAGAAGGAGAGAAGAAAGAAGAUAAGGCAGAGGAAACGCAAGACGAGGAAAAGAAAGAAGAUGAGAAUAAACCUAAAGAAGAAUCAAAAGAAGAAGAAAAACCAAAGGAGGAGGCUCCGGAGGCGGCGGUGCCGCCGCCGGAGGUUGAGAACCCACCGAUUGCGCAGACAGAGAAGCCAAAGCCGCCGAAGGAAAAGCACGUAGAAGUGCAAAAGCGUGCGGAUCUGAACGUUAGCGAUCACGAACUGCGAUCUCUGAGAGGCGAUCGGAGCCGGAGUGCCUACGACCUCGUUGAUCGUAUGCCGUUUCUAUACGUUCGCGUUGUGAAGGCGAAGCGAGCUAAACCGGAAACCGGUUCGACCGUUUACUCGAAGCUUGUGAUUGGAACUCACAGCGUGAAGACAAGAAGCGAGAGUGAAGGCAAAGACUGGGAUCAGGUUUUCGCCUUCGAUAAAGAAGGCCUCAAUUCGACGUCAUUGGAGAUUUCCGUUUGGUCAGAGGAGGUCAAAGAAGGGGAUGAGAAAAGCGAGAGUUCUCUCGGAACGGUGUCGUUUGAUCUGCAAGAGGUGCCUAAAAGAGUUCCUCCGGAUAGUCCUUUGGCUCCGCAGUGGUACACUCUCGAAUCCGAAACCUCGCCGGCAAAUGACGUCAUGCUCGCCGUUUGGAUCGGGACUCAGGCCGACGAGGCCUUUCAGGAGGCUUGGCAGUCCGAUUCCGGCGGCUUGAUACCGGAGACAAGAGCUAAAGUGUAUCUUUCUCCCAAGCUCUGGUAUCUUAGACUAACGGUCAUCCAAACCCAGGACUUGCAGCUAGGUUCGGAGGGACCCGAGGCUAAGGCUCGGAAUCCAGAGCUUUACGUGAAGGCUCAGCUCGGCGCGCAGGUAUUCAAAACAGGAAGAGCCUCACCCGGCUCGGCUAACCCAACGUGGAACGAGGACCUCGUGUUCGUAGCAGCCGAGCCGUUUGAGCCGUUUCUGGUGGUGACAGUGGAGGACGUGUCAAAUUCUAAAACCGUUGGCCACGCGAAAGUCCACGUGUCAUCCAUCGAACGUAGAACAGACGAUCGAACGGACUCGAAGUCAAGAUGGUUCAACCUAGCCAGCGAAGACGAGUACACAGGUAGGAUCCACGUCAGAGUAUGCUUAGAAGGUGGGUAUCACGUGAUAGACGAAGCCGCUCACGUGACAAGCGACGUUCGAGCCUCGGCGAAGCAACUCGCGAAGCCCCCAAUUGGUUUGCUAGAAGUUGGGAUUCGCGGCGCGGCAAACCUUCUUCCGGUGAAGACCAAGGACGGGACACGUGGCACCACGGACGCUUACGUGGUGGCCAAAUACGGACCCAAGUGGGUCCGAACCCGAACAAUCAUGGACCGGUUCAACCCGCGGUGGAACGAACAGUACACGUGGGAUGUAUACGAUCCUUGCACGGUUCUCACCAUUGGAGUGUUUGAUAACGGGAGAUACAAGCGAGGGGAAGAUGGAAAACCUAACAGAGAUUGCAGGGUGGGGAAAAUUCGUGUGCGGUUGUCUACACUGGACACCAACCGGGUGUACGUAAACUCGUACUCGUUAACCGUUUUGCUGCCAGGUGGCGCCAAGAGAAUGGGAGAGAUAGAGAUUGCAGUGAGAUUCUCAUGCUCCUCGUGGUUGAGUUUAAUGCAGGCCUACGCAAGCCCAAUAUUACCAAGAAUGCACUACGUUCGCCCAUUCGGCCCGGCCCAACAAGACAUCUUACGCCAAACGGCUAUGAGGAUUGUAACGGCUCGCCUCGCCCGGUCUGAACCGGCGUUGGGUCAGGAAGUGGUGCAGUUCAUGCUGGACUCCGACACGCACGUGUGGAGCAUGCGGCGGAGCAAGGCAAACUGGUUCAGAGUGGUGGGAUGCCUGUCACGUGUGGCGACACUACUGGGUUGGGUCGAUGGGAUUCGCACGUGGGUGCACCCUCCCACGACGGUUCUGGUGCACGUGCUGCUUUCAGCGAUUGUGUUGUGUCCAUACCUAGUGCUCCCAACAGUCUUCAUGUAUGCUUUCUUGAUUUUGCUUCUGAGGUUCCGUUACCGGCAGAGGGUCCCACAGAACAUGGAUCCGAGGAUGUCGUACGUGGACAUGGUGAGCCUGGAUGAGCUGGACGAGGAGUUCGACGGGUUUCCGACCACGCGUCCCGCGGAGGUGGUGCGGAUCAGGUACGACAGGGUGCGCGCGCUUGCGGGGAGGGCGCAGACGCUGCUGGGUGACAUGGCGGCGCAGGGGGAGCGGUUGGAAGCGCUGUUUAGCUGGCGGGACCCGCGUGCCACGGGGCUAUUCGCGGUGCUGUGUUUGGUGAUGUCGUUACUGUUCUACGCAGUGCCGUUUAGGGGCGUUGUGCUGGUGGCUGGGUUCUAUUACCUGCGUCACCCGAGGUUCCGCGACGACAUGCCGUCUAUCCCUGCAAACUUCUUCCGGCGACUCCCAUCCUUUUCUGAUCAGAUUAUGUGAUAAACACAUAUUUUAUGACACGUUUUUUGUUUAUGGGUUGGGUUUUUGUUUUUUGUUUUUUUAUAAGAAAUAUUAUCUAUUUAUUGAUUCGUUUAUUUUUUAUAUGAUCUGUGUGUCAAUUUGGGAAAGCUUUUUAGAAGAAGAAAAAACAAACGCGUAAAGUGAGCAGAAAGUUGUUCUUGGUAUGCUCUAAAAGUGAAUGAAAAAGUUACCGUUGUGGUGGACCAAACAGUGGAAAAAGGAUAAAAGUGAGCCACCUACAAUACAACAGCCCCAUGAACCUUUUGAUGGAUUGAAGAAUUUAUGACCGUUGAUGCAGAAUACUUGAACCCUAAGUAAAUGCCGCCAGUGCCAGACAAUAUUGGAGAGAACUAGUUGUGUAAUUGACCUUUUGUUCAUAUAACCUUUUGUUUUUCCUAAUCUAAUUAAUAUGGUUGCUUUUUUGGCUUCUACAAA